AUGGCACAAGACACAGACACAGACAAGAAGCACGAGGACUUCACAUCCUGGGCCAACAGCCAAGGCGUCCAGACCAACGGCAUCCACCCCAGCAAAAUACCCGGCCGAGGCAUAGGCAUAGUAGCAGAUAGAGCUCUAAAAGCAGGCGAGCAACUGGCAUUCGUUCCGGCAAAAGCGCUUAUUACAAUCGACACUGCUCCAACAUGGCUAAAGAUUAACGAGCUGGUCAAACCGCUGGGUGUUCCUGAGAAGGAUGUUACGGUGCACGGAGCUCUGGCUGCCUAUCUUACAACUCGGGUCGCAGAAGGUGAUGAGCGGCUUGGGCUGUGGCGGAGUGUUUGGCCGAGUCUUGAUGAUUUCAAGGAAUCAAUGCCUAUUAUGUGGGCAGAGGAAUAUCAGGGGUUGCUUACGCCACCUGCUAAAGAUCUAUUGCAGGCCCAGCAACAAAAAUACCUGAAAGACUGGCAGACAUGGCAAUCCAUGAUCCCUUCCGGGGCUGAGAAGUCAUUCCAAUACCACUGGCUCAUCGUCAACACGCGCACGUUCUUCUGGAAACACCAUGGCUCGGGUGCGAAGAAGCUCUCCAAGAAGAUCAGAAGAACAUGCAACGAUGAUCGCAUGGUUCUCUGUCCAUUUGUGGAUUACUUCAACCACUCCGAUGAAGGUUGUACGGUUAGCAACACGCCGAAAGGCUUCACUAUCACUUGUGACAGAGAGUAUGAGGCGGGUGAGGAGGUGUACGUAUCUUAUGGUCAACAUGAUAAUGACUUUCUUCUGGUGGAGUACGGUUUCGUUUUAGCCGGUAAUAAAUGGGAUAAGACAAAACUGGACAGCCGGAUCUUGCCCAAGCUAGACAAGAAGAUGAAGCGUGAUCUCGAGGAAAAUAACUUCCUAGGCGAGUACUUCCUUGAUGCCGACGAGAUUGAAUACCGCACUCAAGUUGCACUCCGUCGCAGCUUCUGGCCAGUGGCUAGAUGGCGGCGAUACCUCGCGACCGAAGAUGAGACCGAUGUCGAGCUAGCAUAUGUGAAAGCGAGACUAUGGGUGCUCCUCACAGAGUACGCCGACGAAGUAAAUGAGAUGCUUGCCAUCCUCAAUAAGAUGAAGCCGACAGUUCAACGCAACACACUCGUCAAGCGCUGGGAGCAGACGGCGGAAAUGUUGCAAGUUCAUAUCUUCCGGAACUCAUACCAGGAAGCGUGUCCAAACCAUCAACAUACAUGA